CAACGGGACACAGCACGAUGGCUAAUGUCUGCCAGCUGAACACAGCAUCGGGACUUUAGGAAUAUACGUUGUGAAUUGGGCAGAAAUGGAGGAACGAUACGCCUUUCUCACUGAGUGGUACGACCCGACUGCAGCUCUGCUGAGGCGCUACCAACUCUUCUACUACCCACAAGACAACUCAGUGGAAAUGUUUGAUGUUAAAAACCAGCGAAUAUUUUUGAGAAGGACCAAAUAUGAAGACCUCCAUCAGGAGGACUUGUUCGUCGGGAAUCGAGUGAACGUGUUUUCACGGCAGCUUAAUCUGAUCGAUUAUGGAGAUCAAUACACAGCGAACAAACUGGGCAGCAAAAAAGAAAG